AUGCUCUUCAGCACAUUGUCCUUCCUUACCUCUGCCGCGACGCUAGCGUCCGCCGCAGUCCUUCCCUCAUCUUCUCUCACCAAGCGUGAUAACGGCAUCUCCGUGACGCCACACGACCGAUACUCCUCCUCGAUCGGAGUACUAGGUUGCAAGAUCAACACCAACCGUGUCGCAUACUGGCCCUCAUCACCCGACUGCAACAACAUCUGCGUCAAGGUCAGCGCAAACGGGCGAUCGGUCCACCUCCUCAAGAUUGAUCAGUCAGGCGGUGCCCACGAUAUCAGUUACGAUGCGUGGAACUACCUCUCCACGGGCCAAUCCGCCAAAGACGACCCGACUCAGGGCGGCGGUAUCGACGCGACCUGGGAAGACGCGCCGAUGUCCGACUGCGCGGAUCUCUUGUCGGCAGGCGGUGGUAAACUCGCCUUCGCUGCUGCGAACAGCAUGAACUUCAUCACUUCCUGCUCGGCGGAUACCUGGGUCGGCAAGAACUACGCGUUGUACAACAUCGUCAACACGCAGUGCACUUGGGGCUACAAUGAGACGUGCACGAUGCCGGACCCGAGCCAGGGUAACCAGCCCACGUGCGCGCACCAACUCGGCACUACUGUGGCGUUGACGUCGCAGCCUGUCUGGAACAUUGAUUACGGCACUGGUCAACUAUCUCUUGCGCAGUAG